AUGUCGAAUUUCUACAAUGGUACAGCCGUCGUCAUUUAUUCUAGACAAGCGUCGAUUUUGGCGGCAUGUUGUGCUAUUAUUUUUUGUGUAGUUGGUGUUAUCGGUAACUUAGUGACUGUAAUAGCAUUAAUAAGAUGUCCAAAAUUAAGAGUUCACGCAACAACAGCGUUCGUACUGUCCCUGUGCAUAUCAGAUUUGAUCUUCUGCCUGAUUAAUUUACCAUUAACCGCUGCUCGGUACAUUUACCAAGCAUGGAUUUUUGGAGACGCUCUAUGUAAAUUAUUUCCCGUGUUAUUUUAUGGUAACGUAGCUGUAUCCGUGCUGAAUAUGGUGGCUAUUACGCUGAACAGAUAUGUUUUAAUAUCCUGUCAGCAGUAUUACAACUUCCUUUAUUCCAAAAUAUCCAUUUGGAUACAACUAGUCUUCAUUUGGGGGAUUGCAUUUCUACUUAUGAUGCCUCCUCUGUUAGGAAUAUGGGGAACCUUGGGUCUGAACCCAUCGACAUUUUCCUGUACAAUUUUGAGGAAAAACGAUAAAUCUCCGAAAAAAAUGAUAUUUCUCAUAGGAUUUAUUUUGCCAUGUGUCGUCAUCAUAUUGGCUUAUUCUUGUAUAUAUUACAGCGUUCGAAAGUCCAGGAAAAAAUUAAAAUCGCAUAGAGAGAUGGCAGAAAAGAAAACCUGUAGUAGACGAGAACGUGACGACAGCCGACUCACUAAACUGAUGGCCCUAAUAUUCCUGUGUUUUUUAAUAUGUUUCUUGCCAUUAAUGUUAUGCAACGUUCUUGAUGAUAUAGAUAUUAAGUACCCGACACUCCACGUCUUAGCUUCGAUAGCAGCUUGGGCUUCUAGCGUAAUCAACCCUUUCAUAUAUGCAGCCAGCAACAGGCAGUACCGAUCUGCUUACUCUAAGUUAUUCAGAAUGGUUAAAAGUAGCGUAGCCUUUUCUGAUUCCAAACAUAAUUCGAACAAUUUUAGGCCCGAUAAGAAUUCAGUUACAUAUAAACCUAGUGGUAGUGUUACACAUUCCUAA